AUGGUAGUGGUAGCAUUGCUUCUGGGCUUGCCUACGCCCACCCUGAACACGGUCGCCGACCAGGCGGAUGUGCUAGAUGCAGGCUGCAGCGAGCAGGCCGGUGUGGGCGAGGGUGCAGGUGCUGAUAUGUCGACACGCGCGCGGAGCGCAACACUGCUGCACCUGGAUUGGCCGUUGAAUUUCUGGGCGCAGCGUGCUUGUGCCGCUAGCAAGGGAUUUUAUGUUUGGGAGGACAGCGCAGUUUAG